CCCUGAAUCUGGGGCACCCCAAACACAGGGAACCCCGCCAGGGAACCCCCAAAUCCAGGGGAAACUCCAAAUCUGGAGAGGAACCCCCAAAUCCAGGGGGGCUUCACCCUCUGCAAGUGCAUGACCGACCAGGCCCACCAGGAGGAGCGGCCCAUCCGGCAGAUCCUGUACCUGGGGGAGCUGCUGGAGACCUGCCACUUCCAGUCCUUCUGGCAAGCGCUGGAUGAGAACAUGGAGCUGCUGGAGGGGAUCACCGGCUUCGAGGACUCCGUCAGGAAAUUCAUCUGCCACGUGGUGGGGAUCACGUACCAGCACAUCGACCGCUGGCUGCUCGCCGAGAUGCUGGGGGACCUCUCAGAGUCGCAGCUGAGGGUGUGGAUGAGCAAGUACGGGUGGACGGAGCCAGAGCCGGGGCGGAUCCUGAUCUCCAACCAGGAGGAGAAUAUCAAACCCAAGAACAUCGUGGAGAAGAUCGACUUCGACAGUGUGUCCAGCAUCAUGGCGUCCUCUCUCUGAGCCCCCCAGGAGCGAGCCCUCAACACGGACCCCCCAAUUCCAACCCCCCAACCCCGACCCUGCCCAGUUUAACCAGUAAAGAGGCUCCAACGCGG